CCAACCUUAAACCACUUUGGACCAUCUUGCGACCCGCUCCCACCAUUUCAAGUAUCAUUGUAUUCACGCCUACGCUCUACGGAGUAAUUAUCCUUGAGUCCUUGAUUGACCCUGGCGAACCCAAUUCCUGAAAAGAACCCUUGACAGUCCUCCACAAUCCCUUGGAAGGAAUCGCCCCGCCGCCAUCGUUGCCGCAGCCCAAGACUCCUGUGGUUGCGCCGUUGGUCGUGCGCUGAUUCAUUAUUACCCCCUUUCGACCUGCAAUACCUGCUACAUGCCACCCACUAAUUAGUUAUACUGAACGCUUGACUCAACAUUGUCGUCUGCCGCCCCCAACAAUCAUUGAAUCAUCCAGUAAUGGAUUUGGGCCAGAUCUUUCACCAGGAGAGCAGCCGUGACAAGCGUAAUGAAGCCCUCGUCGAUUUCGUCAAAAGCUUAGAUCCAUACGAGUUCAGGCAACUCCAAGGACAGCUCCAGCACGAAACGUUUCAGUACGACAUAAUCGCCGGUCUGCCCGUGGAGAUUGUUGCCCAGAUCUUUCGCUACAUUGACCCGGUCGCCAUAUACCAGCUUCAACACAUCUCCAGAACUUGGUAUCAUAAAUUGUCUUCUCCCGAUGUCCUGCAGAACUCGCUUCGCGCCUGGUAUGGCUACCGGAUCCCCCGUCCGGAUGUUGACCAAGCUCUUCUUACCACGUGCCGUGAAAAAGUCGAACAAAUAAAACGUUUCUACACUGGUAAGCCAUAUUAUAAGUUCUCUAUCGACCUCCACCAGGCCGACAACGACCGUUUGGCUCUUUCAAAAGACAACCUUGCAUGGCUCGCUUUGGGUUCACAAGCCAUCCACGUGAGGAAUCUCCGCAAUGGUCACCAUAAAAAGUUACAGUGUGAGGCCCGCGAUACCAUCGUCAAAUUCACUUUGACAGAUCAGGUAUUGGCCUUCCAUACCAAAUCUAAAACCUGCUACGUCGGAAUGCUGGAUGACGGCGGUGGAAUUCGAAAGUUUCGGCUUCCUGUCUAUCAACUGUUCGACUUCAUGCAUGCACAUGAGCGCAAAGUGAUCUGUGGAGGUCGCGUCGGCACGACUACUCAAUUGUACAUUUGGGAUUUUGACACCCAGACGGGAUAUUCUCUCACUGUAGACAUGAACGAACUACCAUUUUCAGAAUCGAGAAAUGAUGUUGAAGGCAGCAGACGCCAUGAAAUAGCGUUGCUGAUAGAUGCGUCCUCCCAAGAAUUCCAUAUGUUUGCUUCAUACCCCUACGACUACGGAUUCAUUCCGACAUGGUCUGGAACCAAAACAUACAUAUACCAUGCGACGUAUACUUUAUCCGGGAAGCAGAUUGCGCAUGGCAAAUGUUGUUUUGAGGAUGUGCUCGGAUUCCGAUUUGGGCCCAUCCUUCCCGUAGAUUGUAACGGUAAAUUCGCGCUGGAAGCUUAUGGCCGCUACUGCGGAUUCGAGAGUCACCCCGAAACAAGGUUCCGCUUUGAGUAUGAUACAGUUACAAGGGCAUUUGCUCUCGACGAACAAUGGCCUCCAUGGAAUGUACGACACAGAUCCUCGGCAUAUAACGGUGUUGCUUUCAUGGCAGCGUCGAUACCAUAUUUUCCAGAUCAAGAAAUUGCAAUUUGUAUGGGAACGCGCGAUCGUCCCAAGCAUGACAGGUUGGACGGAAAAGCUCAAGUUGAGGGUAGCAAAUUAGAGACUGUCCGGUACUCCAGUGAUCAAAUGCAGGUCCUCAUCAAUCCUACAUGGGCGGUCCAUAAACUUCCUUUACCGUCAACUGGAGUUAUGGUCUUCUGUUAUGAGAAGAAUGUGUUCGUUUCGCGGCCGGGCUUCGUUAGAAAUUUCUCCUCAUUAUGAGAUCGUGAGGAGAGUUAGAUAGAUCUCCACCUCUGUAUCCCAGGUCACAGAAUUUUCCCUCUCUAUCUCUCUCUCUCUCUCUCCCUCUCUUUCUCUACCUAGGCAGGACGAUGUAACAUCUGUUCGUACAUCGUAAGAGGUACGGAGUAGGUGUAGUCUGCAAAACACGAAUUAC